CUACCCUCAAAAAAUAAAGCAACAAUUACCAACUGUUUUGUUGAUUAAUCGUACACUGUGAAAAUAAAUAAAUCACGUUGUUCAACUGCAUCCCUUAUGUGUUAAAAUUAGUGCACAUAUAUUUAGUUAAUCUCAAAGUUACAAGUACUAAAAUGAUGUGAUCAAUUACCUGAUUGGAUUUACCGAAUUUUUUGAACAUAUUUAUAAACAAUUUCAAAAUUACUAAAAAUUAUGUGACCCAUUAUCAUUUAUUGGAUUUGUCUUAAACCAUGGUGUUACAGCCGCGAGGCGAGACGACCUUUGGUUGGUGGUCUGCCAGCACUGCAAUGUCAGCCAUAACCAUGGCCACGGUGUUGGCCAACCUGGCAGUCAUGUUGGCGCUCUGGCGAGCGAGGCGAGCUCCAUCACAUUAUCCACUGAUGAGUCUGGUGGCCGCAGACUUUCUGGUGGGGAUAGCUGUGCUGCCGAUUGCUGCCCUUAGAGAGCUGUUUGUUUUCAAUUUGAAUCGUGUAAUAUGCGCAUUCUGGAGCACGUUGGACGUGUUAUGCUGUACAGCAUCUAUCCUCUCCCUGUGUGCUCUGAGCUGGGAGCGAUAUUCUGGCAUCACGGCUCCCUUGGCAAGAGCGCGAAGGGCAAGAAAGGCCAGAGCUCUAUCAAUCCUGGUCUGGCCUGUAUCAGCCCUGGUAGCUUUGCCAGAUGCUUUUAUACCAUCCCCUAAGCAUUACCAUCUUGGAGAGUUGGAAAAGGCUUGCGAUGUUAAUACUAAUACUUGGUACGUUUUCUUCAGCAUAACCCUAUCAUUCUACGUGCCUGCCUGCAUGAUAGUGGUGCAAUACGGGUACAUACUGCGAGCCCUCUCUCUACACCCGAACAUCCGCGCCCACUGCGGGCGGACUGUGUCGCCGCAAUGUCCGAAACUGGAAUCGACACAAACUAAUCCCACACCAGAGCAGACCACUCCGAACAGCCACGUCAAAACUGAUAACAAUGACAAUAUGGCGAUCCGCGAUACACCGAAAUCUUCUCGUCCGAAAUCGCCCGCAGUAAAUAAAGCCUGCACUGAACCAACCACAGGAAAAUGCAGCUACAAGAGCAAUUUCAUACAACGCCAGCGUCGUGCUACCCGGAUGAUUGUAAUUCUGAUGGGGCUAUUUUUCCUCUGCUGGACUCCUUACUUCAUUAUUUUACCUCUAGAUUCUCUCUACAACAUUGUAAGUGACGACGCCUGGCAAUGGUGUACCUGGCUGGGUUACAUCAACUCAGCUCUCAAUCCAUUCGUGUAUGCCGUCGCUUCGCCCAGUGUGCGACGAGCCUUGCAGCACUCCUACACUACCUCCAGCUCGAAAAACAACGAGAUUCCUUUGACGCAGCGGAUCCAGAGAGCUUGAUUAAAGGUUAACAAGAUGGCGCGGAUCACGACGUCACAAAAUGGCCGCUAGCGCGCUAAAAUGGCGACGAUUGACAGAACAGCAGCUGCUAACGGCGAGGAAAGAGUAUUUGCAGCUCCGAAAUCCCUGGCAUCUGGUGAACA